AUGUCCUGGCUUCUGUAUGACGAGUUUCGAGGCCAAGUGUUGGCCAGUUGUGACAUCAUCACUCCCAAGUACACAGGUGUGUCUGUCUUUUAUCUGAAGCCCAGCUCUCCCCUCAUCCCCGAGCCCUUACUCAUACGUUUGGGGCAGGUGGAGUCUCAGGAGCAAGAGCUGGCCACCCUCACUCCCAGGAAGGACAUUGAGGGCGUCACGCCUUUCAGGGCAGGGCUGCAGCAUUGA